AAUAUCUAACCCUGCGAAGUGGUGACCGGUUGAUGCCUUCGCCAUGAACGCUGCCAAAGCUUUCCUCUACUCCUUCUCCCCGCAUUUCCAUCACCUUCACCCGCACAAAACCCGACCGGACAAAUCUUUGCACCGGAGGAGAUGCUCCGUCUCUGAACUCAGGCCCCCGAACCAGCGCAGGCACGACUUCCGGUUCUCCGUGAACCGCGAAGGGCAUCGGUUUGUCUUCCUGGUCAGGGCGCGACAGCCGGGCGUGAAGUCGGAGCCCUGCGAUGUGUCGACGGAGUCGGUGAAGUUCCAGGAUGAGCUGAACGAGGUCGUCGUGUCCGGCGAGGAGGAUGGCGUUGCGUGGUGGGAAGAGUUCCCGAAACGAUGGGUCAUCGUCGUCUUGUGCUUCUCCGCUUUCCUGCUAUGUAACAUGGACAGAGUGAAUAUGAGUAUUGCCAUACUUCCCAUGUCUGCAGAGUUCAACUGGAACCCGACUACCGUUGGCCUGAUCCAGUCUUCUUUCUUCUGGGGCUAUCUUCUCACUCAGAUUGCCGGUGGCAUUUGGGCUGACACUGUGGGUGGAAAGCUCGUCUUGGGAUUUGGGGUUGUCUGGUGGUCCGUUGCUACAGUUCUCACCCCGAUCGCUGCUAAAGUCGGGUUGCCUUUUCUACUAGUUGUUCGGGUCUUCAUGGGAAUCGGUGAGGGGGUUGCUAUGCCUGCCAUGAAUAAUAUACUAUCAAAAUGGGUACCUGUAUCAGAGAGAAGUCGAUCCUUAGCACUCGUCUACAGUGGCAUGUACUUGGGGUCAGUUACGGGCUUGGCCUUUUCCCCGUUUCUAAUACACCAGUUUGGGUGGCCAUCCGUUUUCUACUCUUUUGGUUCGUUAGGGACAGUAUGGUUUGCAAUUUGGCUUAAUAAGGCAUACAGUUCACCUCUAGAAGAUCCCCAUCUGCGGCCCGAGGAAAAGAAGUUGAUCCUAACAAAGAGUGUUUCAAGGGAGCCUGUGAAGACCAUUCCCUGGGGUUUAAUACUCUCUAAACAGCCUGUGUGGGCCUUGAUAAUCUCUCACUUCUGCCACAACUGGGGGACUUUUAUUCUGCUCACCUGGAUGCCGACUUACUAUAACCAAGUCCUGAAGUUCAAUCUGACUGAAUCUGGUCUUCUAUGCGUCUUGCCUUGGCUCACGAUGGCAUUCUCUGCUAACCUUGGUGGGUGGAUCGCUGACACUCUUGUCAGCAGAGGUUUAUCUGUGACAACAGUACGCAAGAUCAUGCAGACAGUUGGGUUCCUUGGUCCAGCUUUCUUCCUCACUCAGUUGAGCCACGUUAAUUCUCCCGCAAUGGCUGUUCUAUGCAUGGCAUGCAGUCAGGGAACUGACGCAUUCUCGCAAUCUGGCCUUUACUCAAACCAUCAAGAUAUUGCUCCUCGGUAUUCAGGAGUGUUGCUUGGUCUGUCAAAUACUGCCGGUGUUCUGGCCGGUGUGUUUGGGACUGCAGCAACGGGCUACAUCUUGCAACAUGGGUCUUGGGAUGAUGUGUUCAAGGUGUCAGUCGGGCUAUACUUGGUUGGAACUGUCGUCUGGAACCUUUUCUCGACUGGGGAGAAAAUUUUGGAUUAAGCUGAUUUACAAGCUUCGUUGCUGAAUGACCUACAGAGAAGACAGAGAACCGCGGAAUUUAUUGAUGCCGUACCAUUCCUGGAAAUGGAGGCUGAAGAGAUGAGCAUGGGCUAGAAGGAUCUGACGGCAUCUUUACGGAGAUACAGGAGGAUGGAGGAUUAUUUCAGUCCUUUGAAAAUUGAUGGCUAUUUUAUGCCAUUCCAGUAAAAGGGGGGGAACACCACCACAUCAUGCGAUUAAUUACUUGAUUGUGUAUACAUGGGUGUGCAGCAAUUUUAAUGUCUUAUACGAAAUUUAUUGUGUACAGUGGGUGAAUACUUAACCUCUCUAGCUAUGGCAAUUGGCAUUAUUCCUCAAAGGAUCUAUUCCAUUGGCCCUGGAGAUAAA